AACAUUAAAAAUAAACUAGAAGUAAAAGAAAAGAAUGCUUUGAUACUUGCUGGAAUUUAUAAUAAAGCCAAAUCUCUUUUUGACAAUAUUUUCUGCAAAACAAAAAAACAAUUAGAACAGAGUCUCAAUGACUAUGAAAAUAGAGCCAGAAAUAAUCUUUAUGAAGUGUCUUUAAUACAAGCUAUUGAAAAUGAUGGUGUUAAAUAUUAA